AUGAUAAAUCAGCUAGCACUGGGCUCUCCGGCAGGUCAUGAUGCCUCGACCCGGCUAUCUCCCGGGGAUGGGGAUGGGGGUAGUUCCCCGGAGCCGUACCAGUGCACCGCAUCGGAUCUUCAGAGGCGAUCCGGCACCAUCCUUCUGACCACCACCAAUUCUGCUUAUUUGGACUUCACAGAAAAUUGGCUUGAGAGCAUCAGGCGCACGAGAGCCUGCCCUAAUAUAUCGGUGGUUACUGAAGAUGACCAAGCGUUUAAUUACCUCUCCAAUAAGACAAUGGCCGGACUGAAUGUCUUGAAGACUCAGACUGCUAAGUCAACAACUGGAAAGCUCGUCUUCAAUACCAAAGAGUACAAGAAGUUCGUCAAUAAGAGACAGGGGUAUAUCUUAGAUCUACUGGAACAGGGCUGGGAGGUUCUGUUCAGCGAUGUGGACACUUUCUGGCUACGGGAUCCGUUUCUAUUUUUCCAGGGGAACUUUGACAUGGCACUUGAGGAAGAUAACCAUAAACCAGCCUCAUACUGUGCCGGGUUUGUCUACUUUCGACCAACCGAACGAACCAUGCAGUUUGUCAAGGAGUGGAUCCGGUUUAUGGCCAACGACAAGACCAUGAAGCCGGAUCAAGUGGUUAUGAAUAUCAUGAUCCGGCGAAAAGUGAUAGCCGGAUUGAAGCUCCGGGUUCUUGACUCCAAUAAAUUUCCGAAUGGGAAAUUAUUUUUCGAUGACGAAUGGAGGAAGGACAAAAAGGACUUUGUUGUCGUGCAUAACAACUGGAUUGUCGGACACGAUCCGAAAGUUGAACGGUUCCGAAACUGCAGUAUGUGGCUCGUUGAUCACAACGAAAUCAAGUCUAUGUGAUCCGGUGUGGCAGGAGGUUCUGUCC